UGGGCUCGACUGGGAGCAGAGGCUAGGGAAGGCAGCUUCAUUAUGUCAUUAUCCACACAAACUCCAUGAAAAAGAGGAUUUGAACAUUUCUGAUUUGUUCUUCGCUCGGGUAAAGUUGUUACUCGGCUUUUGGAUAUUUUUUCAUGCUGGUGUUUCAUGUUGUAUUCAUGAAGGAAGGAGGUCCAUGGCUUCCUCCACGCUCCUGCAACACCUGCCCUGUUUUCAUGCCUGUGCCGUGCACUGCAUGGCUUUGACAUGUGGAAAAUAACCUAAUUCUGAGUUCCCUGCACUUUGGCUCCUAUCAUGUCCGAGGACAGUGAUCCAAAGCUCUACCUGUACUCAACUCUGGAUGCCCGCGAACGCAGCCGGGAGAGGGUUGGUUUCCAGGAUGAGGGGGAGCAGGGCCCUCCUUGUGGCUCCAGGAGCCAGCUUCACUGCAUGGCCAGCACUUACAGCGAGGGCUGUGGCAGGCAGGACAGGGUGGAACUCGACCCUGAGUUAGGACUGGCCUCUGAAGGGAGUGACAGCAGUCAUGAGCACCCAGCCUCACUGGGCUCCCCCCAUGAGGACAGGAAGCGUCAGCGACCACCUCUGCACGAGGACGUGGAGAUGGGUGGGAGCGGGACGGAAUCCCACGGUAACGAGUCCCACGGCAACGAGUCCCACGGCAAUGAGUCUGUGGGCAGCUCUAAUGGCAACGGAAAAGAUUCUGCUCUUAUGGAAUCUUCAGGAAGCAACAAGAGCUCCAACUCUCACAGCCCGUCUCCACCAAGCAGCUCCAACGCCUUCAGUCUGGUGAGCUCUGAGCAGGACAACCCUUCAACCAGCGGCUGCAGCAGCGAACAGUCAGCCAAAGCUAAGACACAGAAGGAACUCUUCAAGACUCUGAAGGAGCUGAAGAUGCACUUGCCACUAGAAAAGAGGAGCAAGGGCAAGUCCAACACCGUCAACACGCUCAAAUAUGCCCUGCGAUGUAUCAAACAGGUGAAAGCUAAUGAGGAAUACUACCAGAUGCUGAUGAUUAAUGACAGUCAGCCACCUGGGUUUGAUGUAUCAUCCUACACCAUUGAGGAAAUCAACACCAUCACCUCAGAAUACACCCUCAAAAACACCGACAUAUUUGCUGUGGCGGUGUCCCUCAUCACAGGGAAGAUCGUUUACAUCUCCGACCAGGCGGCAUCCAUCUUGAACUGUAAGCGGGAAGUGUUCAACAACGCCAAGUUUGUGGAGUUCCUGACGCCUCAAGAUGUCAGCGUGUUCUACAGCUUCACCACGCCAUACCGCCUUCCUUCGUGGAGCAUGUGCACCGGAGCAGAGUCGUCUUCCACGGAGUGCAUGCAGGAGAAAUCCUUCUUUUGCCGCAUCAGUGGUGGUAAGGAGCAUGAGGGGGACCUGCAGUACUACCCUUUCCGUAUGACCCCUUACCUGAUGAAGGUCCAGGAUGCUGAGCUUGCUGAGGAACAGUUUUGCUGCCUCCUGCUGGCUGAGAGGGUACAUUCUGGAUAUGAAGCUCCCAGAAUCCCCCCUGAUAAACGGAUCUUCACCACCACACACACACCCAACUGUGUGUUUCAGGAUGUAGAUGAGAGGGCUGUACCUCUGCUGGGAUACCUCCCCCAGGAUCUGAUCGGGACCCCCAUACUGCUUAAUCUGCACCCGAGUGACCGACCCCUAAUGCUGGCUGUUCAUCGCAAAAUUCUGCAGUAUGCUGGUCAGCCCUUUGACCAUUCCUCCAUCCGCUUCUGUGCAAGAAAUGGCGAGUACAUCACCAUUGACACCAGCUGGUCCAGUUUUGUCAAUCCCUGGAGCCGCAAGGUCUCUUUCGUCAUUGGCAGACACAAAGUGCGCAUGGGUCCUGUCAAUGAAGAUGUCUUUGCAGUUCCCGCUUUCCACGGAGGGAAGCUGAUGGACUCGGACAUCCAGGAAAUCAGCGAACAGAUACACAGACUGUUACUCCAACCUGUUCAUAACAUCGGCUCCAGCGGUUAUGGCAGUUACGGCAGCAAUGGUUCCCAUGAGCAGCAGGUGAGCAUCAGCUCGUCCAGCGAAAGCAACGGGAACAUCCCCGCUGGGAACACAGCAGAGGAGACGGGCAAGAGCAAGCCAUCAAGGACCUUUCAGGAAAUUUGUAAAGGUGUCCACAUGCUAAAGAACCAGGACUCUCAAGUCUGCCUGCGCUCCUCGUCACCAUGGCCACCUAAACAUGAACAGAGGAAGACCACUGACACUGCUCAGAGGAGUUCAGCUGUGCGUCCAAAAGACUCUGCACCUCAUGUUAAAGACAACACCGGGGCCAGCAUGGAUGACUUCACCUGUAGAGACCAGACUGUCUGCUCUUACCAGCAGAUCAGCUGCCUCGACAGUGUCAUCCGAUAUUUGGAGAGUUGUAAUAUCCCCAUCACAGUGAAACGGAAGUACCAGUUCUCCUCAAACACUACCUCAUCCAACUCAGAUGACGACAAGAGGGGCUCAGAAGAUGGCAUGCAGAUGCCUCAGGGUACACACACAGAUGCUUUGAUGCUAGACACUCAGCCAGGGAUGUCCAACAUGAAAGCACCUAAGAAGCCUCCAUCUGGGGCAGCUGCUGUGGUGGGGGGUACCAUGGCACCCCUUACUUUGCCCAGUAAGGCUGAGAGCGUUGUGUCAAUCACUUCACAGUGCAGCUACAGCAGCACCAUUGUCCACGUGGGCGACAAGAAGCCUCAGCCGGAUUCAGAGAUCAUCGAAGAUGUUGCGGAGAGCCCAGCACCCCCGGCACUGCCCAUCAGUAUGGUCUCUCCUCCCAGCCAAGAGAAGGAGGCCUACAAGAGGCUGGGGCUAACCAAGGAGGUGCUGGCAGCACACACCCAAAAAGAGGAGCAGGCUUUUUUGAACCGCUGCCGAGAGCUUCGCAACGCCAGGAGCUUACAGAAGGACUGCUCCUCAUAUCCGCACAAUCAGAGAGGUCCAGCCAACGCUGAAGAGCCAUCUGGUCUACAAGGUGCAGCCAAACAAGGCACCACCAGGCCUGAAACGACUGCUAAGAAGGGCAACCGCAACCGAAAGUCCAAGAAGCCACGAAUGAAGCAUCCUGACUCAUCAGACAGUGCUGUGUCCAACCGCAAACCCAGACCUCCUCUGCAGGGUCUUAACCAGACCUCAUGGUCCCCAUCUGAAGCGUCCCAGUCAGCUUUUAAUGUCUCCUACCCCACCAUGGUGCCUGCUUACCCCCUCUACCCCCCGACAGCUGCUGCUCCAGCUCAGGCCUCCCGCCCUGACCCAUCUCUCUCCUCUGGCUUUGGAGAAGGACAGAACGCCCAAGCUCCGCCCACCACCACUCCGUUUCCUGCACCUAUUGUUACACCUGUGGUGGCUCUGGUGCUGCCCAAUUACCUCUUCCCUCAGGUAGGACAGUUGAAUCAGAUGGGCCAGCUGGGAGCUGCGCCGAGACAAUCCUUUUUCACCGAGCAGACGCAGCCUGCGUACUCUACCCAGCAGCCCUUUCCGACCCCGCAGCCGGCCUUCCCCAUGCAGACACAGGCCACCUUCACCAGCCAGCAGCCGUUCCCCGUGCAGACUGCCUUUUCUCCGCAGCAGCCUUUCGCAGCUGCUCAGACCCCCUUCACCACCCAGCAGCCUUUCCAGACUCCUGCGACUGCCUACGCUACCCAGCAGCCCUUCACUGCUCAGGCCUCAUUCCCAGUGCAGACUCAGUUUGUUCCUCAAGCUCCCUAUCCAGCCCAACCCUUUCCCUACAACAUAGCCCCUGAGCUCCCCAAGACCCCCGCAGCUGAGCCCAGGGAGGGAGCAGCCUCACGAUCCUCCACCCCUGCCUCCGGGGCCCGAGAGCCCACCACAUCACCGCCACUCUUUGAGUCCCGUUGCAGCUCGCCCCUGCAGCUGAACCUGCUGAGCAUGGAGGAGGGGCAGCGCUCCAUGGAGCGUCAGGACAGCACAGUGCCCCCCGCUGGAGGACAGUGCAGCGGCACAGCAGCAGUGGCAGCAGGGGAGAAGAACGGAGGUGCAGCCAAGACUGAUAAUCAUCAACAGCUGGAAUCAAGAGGUGAUGGUGCUCACAGUGAUGGUAACUCUUCAUCCUGCGACCUGCUGGACAUCCUUUUACAGGAGCAAGAGGAUGCCCACUCUGGCACCGGAUCAGCCACCUCUGGCUCCAUGGGCUCAGGUCUGGGGUCAGGCUCAGCAUCAGGCUCCGGCUCCAACGACUGCCGGACUUCAGCCAGUGGAGCUUCUGGCAGCAGAACAGGAAGCAGCAACACCAGCAAGUACUUCGGCAGCGUUGACUCUCUGGAGCAUGACCUCAAAGGGAAAGCUAAACUCAGGGGUGAAGGCAGCUCUGAUGGCAGCAAAUCUCAGGCCAAAGUGUCCACUGACGGAGAAGGGGAGCAUUUCAUCAAAUACGUUCUGCAGGAGCCUCUUUGGCUGCUGAUGGCCAAUGCUGAUGACAAGGUCAUGAUGACGUAUCAAAUGCCAUCCAGGGACAUUCAGAGAGUCCUGAGAGAGGAUAAGGAGAGGCUGAGACAGAUGCAGAAGAGUCAGCCUCACUUCACAUCAGAGCAGCGGCGGGAGCUGGUGGAGGAGCAUCCCUGGAUGAGGAGGGGCGGCCUCCCUGCAGCCGUCAACGUCAAGGUGUGUAUGUACUGUGAGGACGCUGCGGCCGCGCCCAUCGAAGAGGACCUGCCCGACAUGGACAUGGGCGAGCUGGGCGAGGAGCUGGGCAGAGACGGUCAGAGAGCUCCGAGCCAAUCAGAGGAGUCGCAGCCUCAGUCAGAGCCAGGCUCUUGAACUUUACAUGAGGAAGGACACACAAAUCCAGACAUGGACACACACUCACACAUUCUGGAUGUGUGCCUGACCAUCUUGACAGCUCAGUGAUGCUCGUGAGGAUGUGUGCUGUUUGUAGGGCUGACACUAGAGGGCAGUUUUCACUGCACCCUCACAAAGUGACGCCCUCAUCUUGUAUUUUCAUCAUCGUACACACAAACAAGCUACGUUUUUUUAAAAAUAAGUUAUUUCCCAUUCUCUGCUGAGACAAGGAUGGAUAAAAGUAAUGUAUAAAAUUUAUAAUAAUGUUAUUUUUACAAAACAUUUCUCUGAAAACAUUCUGAUGAAGCUAACCAGCAUUGCUGUUACACACGUGCUGCUCCGCCUCAUGCUGGUGUUUUCCUGAGUCGCCAGCGCAGUCGCCUCAGGAGCCUUUGACUCCCAGCAUGCCUGGUGUUUCCCCAUCAGCAUUAGCCUGGAAGUGUUUAUCAGAUACUGUUAGCAAAGAAAAAUCGACCAGGACACACUGUUGUGUUAUGAAAACAUUCGAGUUGUACGACUCUCUUUGGACCAGAGUGUUCCGAGUAUCAGUGCCGCGGUGUUAGCACUUAGCUCAGCAGCCGACAGAAUGAAAUGUAGGAAUGACAAUCGGAUACAUGAAAUGUAUUUGUGAAAGAGUUUUAUUUACUUCGUAGUGAGUAGCACAUCUGCAGCAGAUGGUAAAGCUGAAGCCAAAUUACUGCGGCUGUGAGACGAUAUAUUAACACUUUAAACCGUGGGUAAGCACUACAGAAUAUUUAGUCACUUUCAAAGAGGGGCUUACUUUUUCUGUCACAGUCUGAUGUUUGAGUGUUGUCACCCCCUCCUUAAACUAAAGCACUGGUGAUAUGAAGGAGAGGAUAUUAUCACUGCUUCAGAACCUGCCAAAAGAUCUCUGCGAUGCAAAACAAUCAGCAUCGGAGAGGCGAUGCGUACAAACCAAGGUUUUAUGAGUAGUUUUUUUCCUUUUAUUUACAUGUCCAAUUUGUUUUUUAUUUUUUAAGAAAAGCAUUGUUCAUGCAAAUUACAAAACAUAAAAUAUGUUCUGUUGAAGUGCAGCACAUAUUAUCUGGUUUGGAACAAAUCAGUGGGAUUUUAUACAAAACUGUAGGGUCUCCCCUUAAUUUUUUUUUCUUCCCCCAAGUAGUAAAAUAGGAAGUAGUGCAUCUUGAAUUGCUUUUUCAGGCUUUGUUUUUUUUUUUUUUUUUUUUUUUUUUUUUUUUAGCAUUGUUAGCAUAUUUCCACUCCAGGUGGUAAGACUUCGCAGGCGUAUGUGUGCAUGUGUGUGUGUGUGCAGCAAUACAAACCCCUGAGUACUGUGAAAACUACAUGGUCAAUAAUGAGCAGAACUCUGCAGUACGAUCAGAAAAACGAAAAUAAGUGUAGCAAACUCGCGGAUCGCUUUCCCUCCGUGACAGCUGGGUCAGGCAGAAGCGUAGGGACGGUGGUUUGACGUGACAGGAAACCCCGAUCCACGCUGGCUGGAGCCGUCGAGGGAACAGGGAACAACUGUGGUGCUAACGCAGAACAGCUGGAGCCUGUGAAUGUAACACAGACUGGACCAAGAGCACCGCACUCAUUUCAUUUUGUUUGAAUCUCUCGUAACGUUUCAGAAUUUUUUUUCAUUCUAUUUUUCUAUUUUCCUGUUGUAUGUGUGGUUAAAACAUACGAGAAAAGUAAAAGCUGUUUUGAGUGUUAUCUGGGACGAACCCUACCUCUAAUCAAUUUCAGGCGGUUUGACUGUAAACAGAUCAUAGGAGGUGAACGUGUGGAGAGAGAUGUUUAAAUGAUUCCGGUGAGAGACGGACCUGUAGAGUCUGCCGACUCCUCCUGCUUUUCUGCCUCUGUGACUGAAUGAACGAACGCACAGGAAGUACUUUAGCAACACUUUAUCUCUCUCUUUUUAUUUAUUUAUGGGCGAGCAUUCACGAGCCCUUCGACGUGUGACUGAAACCCUAAAGAACGCCAGACUGUGGUUUAUUUGUUUACGAACUAAAUGGAUUGAAGCUCUUCAGUGUUGUGUGAUUGUUUCAGGGCUCAGCAAACAGGAACUUUUACUUUUUACUGUCCCAUGCUGGUCAGCUGUCGGAGCAGUGCCUGCACACGAUGACGUUUAUGAUCAUGUAAACUUGUCUCUUUUCCACUCUCAUAUAUUAAACCAGCACAACUGUGUGCUUUUUUGUAGCUGAAAAGACGUGUUGUUUGAAACAAUGUUGUAAUAAAACUGCAGUAAUAUAACCA